CAAUUCUCCAAAACACUCCACACUUAGUUGUCUGUUUUCUCUGAUCAACGCUCGUGGCACAAGAAUGAAUACAGGACCAUCUUUCCAAGAUUUUUGGGGAGGCAUGCCAACUUUUGUUAAGAUCCCUCUUAUUGCCAUAGUUUCCAGUGUUGGUCUUGUAAUGCUUUGCAAAAUCCUUCACUGCAUCAAGAUGGCCGAGAUCUCAAACACACGAAUCGAAGAAGUGGGCAAUGCCCCUCCUCUAAUUGUCGAACUCAUUGACAAUAUGGAGAAGCUCAAGCCCACAAGGUUCACCUCUCACCAACUCAAUGCUGCGACCUUAAACUUCACCCAUAAGUUAGGUUCAGGUGGUUUUGGUGAGGUCUAUAAGGGCACUCUCCCAAACGGGGAUAGUAUGGCUGUGAAAGUCCUAAAGGGAAGCUCGGACGAACAAAUUGAAGCUCAAUUCAUAGCGGAGGUGAGCACCAUAGGAAGAACCCACCAUGUUAAUUUAGUCAGGCUCAUUGGCUUUUGCUUUGAAAAUACCAUGAGGGCUUUGGUUUAUGAGCAUGUGGAGAGGGGCUCACUGGAUGGCUUCUUGUUUGGUAACAAAGGAAAACUGGGGUUUGACAAGCUCAGUAAGAUAGCGAUCCAAACGGCAAAGGGCGUAGCAUACCUUCACGAGGAAUGCCAGGAUCGGAUAAUUCACUAUGAUAUAAAACCUGGCAAUAUUUUGCUCGAUCGGAACUUCUCCCCAAAAGUUGCAGAUUUCGGAUUGGCAAAGCUCUGCAAUAGGAAUGCCACCCAUGUCACCAUGACAGGAUGCAGAGGGACUCCGGGCUACGCGGCUCCCGAGCUAUGGAUGCCAUUUCCUGUUACUCAUAAGUGUGAUGUUUAUAGUUAUGGGAUGUUAUUGUUUGAGAUUGCAGGGAGGAGGAGGAAUUUGAAGGUGAGCCUUCUUGAGAGCCACCAAUGGUUUCCUAGAUGGGUUUGGAGCAAAUUGGAGAGAGAUGAGAUGGAAGAGAUUGUGAAGAGUUGUGAGAUCGAGGAGGAGGAGGAUAGGGAAAUUCUCGAGAGAAUGAUCCUGAUUGCUGUUUGGUGUGUUCAAUACCAGCCUGAAUUGAGGCCAUGUAUGAGCACUGUGGUAAAGAUGUUGGAAGGAGACGGUAAGAUCGCUCUUCCACCAAACCCUUUCUCUCAUUUGGUUGUUAGGCCAUCUGUCAUGGUUUCACAGCAAUUUGGAGAGACAACUGAAGGAGAAACUACUGUGGAUUCACAACAAUUUGGCGGGGCGAUUGAAAAGGAACCAUAUUCUGAGACUACCCCCAUCAUGAGGAAGUUUGAGAUAACUGUUGCUUCUUCAUAAAAGCAUUGGUCAUUGUAUAUCCUUCCCUUGAAGAAAUUAAAAAAAAAAUUA